UGGUGUACAAAACCAAAAGUAAAAAGACGCAAAAACAAGUCUUAAACACCCACACCAGUAGAAAUCCACUUUUUCCGAGAUGAAAGACGAUGGCCAGAGCUAACCCAUGAUGUUCAACCGAAAGGUUUCUGGAUCGAAUCCUCGAGCUGACAAGGGAACCAUAAUGCUGCCUGCUAAGGAGCUACUGCUGCUGGCCACUCUGGAGGAGUUGACUGAGGGAGGAGGAAACCUGGAGCAAUUUCGGCGGUUCUUGACUAGCCUGCUGCCCAUAUUUCCCCCCAUUCCAGAGAGCCAGCUGGAUGACCCUGACAGGCAGGACACAGUGGAUGAGAUGGUGCAGACCUUAGGCCCUGAGGAUGCUGUGAAGGUCACACUGAGGAUCCUGAGGAAUUUAAAACAGUUUGAUCUUGCAAAAAAGUUAGAGAUAAACUACAAACAAGUUAUUCCAUGCUCUAAAGGCUUACUGACUACCCCUGGAGCAAGUGAAGACCAGGAGACCUACGAUGACAUUGAAGAAGGUGCAGGUGAAGAAUAUGUCUCCAUGUGCGAUGUGGGGUCACCACAACCUCACAUCAUUCCUGAAGGAGAACAUAUAUAUGAGAACUGGGAUGUCAUAGACAUUACCGCCACUUCAGCUCCACCGCACAUAAGCAUUCCUGAGAGAGGAGCAGAAGGCCCUUACCCCAAUAUCAAACCUCAACUAAAAGGGAUGCUGAAACGCAGUCUCUCAUUAAACGAUCUUCAAGUCAGAACACCAUCCUCGUCUCGCAGAGUUUCUGGUGACAAAGGAGAAUACAUCAGCUUGAUUAGCAGUUCUUUGAGUGCCUUGGACAAAAAGCAGUUGAGCAGCAAAGCCACUGAAAUGUGCCCCACAAUGCCAUCUGUUCCAGAUCUGCUCCUCGCUACUCUAGAGAUGCUAAAUGCAGAAGAGUUUAAGAGAUUUUUGAGUCACCUGGCUCACUGCCUGCGGUCCAUAUUUCCCCCCAUCCCAUGGAACCAACUGGAGAACGCUGACACAAAGGUCACAGUGGAUAAGAUGGUGCAGAGCUACAGCCCCGAAUAUGCUGUGAAGAUCACAGUGGUGAUCCUGAAGAUGAUGAAGUGGUUUGAUCUCGCUGAGAAGUUAAGGAAUAAUUACAGACUAGGGAGUAAAACAGCAUGGAAUGUGUCACCGAGCAGUCACACAUCAUCUUUGGGACCCACAACGGGACCCACAACCCACAACGCUGACUGUUACAGAUCUGCUGCAGGUCACUCUGAUGAAGCUGAGCAAAAAAAUGUGGAGUACAUUUAUGUUUUUCCUAUCUGGCAGCCUGCUGGCCGGCUUUCCUCCAAUCCCAGAUAGCCAGCUAAGGUACGCCAACAUAGGGGUCAAAGUUGAUAAGAUGGUGCAGAUCUUCGGCCCUGAGGGAGCUGUGAAGUUCACACUGAAGAUCCUGAGGGAGAUGAAUCUGCAUAAUAUUGCCGAUGAAUUAAAGAGAGAACACAGCAGAGACCAUGCCCUGUCAUGCCUUCCCAGUCGUCCUUUAUYUAGCGAACGAUCAAAGGAAGAGGAGAUCGAGGAUCUGUCUCAAAGCUUAACUGAUACCAAGGAGCAAUUAUUAAGGAAUGUAUUAGGAAAGGUCGACCAAGUCAUGCGUCUGACUGACCUUCUGCAGACGUCUCCUGAUAACUUGGUAACAGAGACAUAUGAGGAGAGCAGGGGAGCAUACCGGUUCAAGUGCCCCAGUGCAGGUCUGUUCCCAAGUGGUGUAACCGGCCUUGGGUUUGGGAUGGAGGGGGAGGGGGAAGUGCUCUAUUGGACAGUCCCCUGGGACAGGAGGCUUCUAGCACAGAGAGGCAAGAGGCCUGCGGGACCCCUGUUCAAAUUCACAUGCCUUAAAGGGUCUAUCUGUCAACUACAACUCCCWCACUGUGAGCUUCAUUCUAMGGGUGGAUGUGACUUCCUGUCUGUAGCCCAUGUGAUGGAUGACAGUUUGGAGUUUAUCUGUGACGUUCAGAUAACCGACACACAUGUCAUAUUAAACAUCAAUGGAUUCUCUGCUUAUGGCAUCGUCAGGGAAGAUGACUCACCCACUGUCCCUAUACGUGCACUUGUCUUGUUAUUCUACAAACUCCCAGUUGUCCCUAAGAAGAGGUCCAUCCUUAAUGUGUUGUUGCUUCCCAGAAAUGUUAUGAUCAGGGAGGUACAGGAGGAAUGGAAGAGAAGAAAUGGAGACCAAGAAACCUACAUUGAAACUAACGCUCACUGCCAACUAAUCCCAAAGCAAGAAUACACCCUCUCCACUGAUCUUACAGAUGAACAUCAAAUAAGACCAAAGGAUGCAGCAUUUGAAAACUACGAAAACUACGAAAACUACAUCCCAACAUUUCAGUUGUUCUUACAAACUGUUGUUGAACAAGUUGAUCUUCUCCUGAAAGAAAAUAAUGGUGUAGAGUCUGUGUGGGAUAGACUUGUCUGGCUUCCAGUUUCACCAACAGAAAUCAUCUCUACAGUGUCCGGCCCUCUCCCUGUAGCCCCUCCUGCCAAUCCUCCUACUCUCUCAGGAGAGGACUUCAUAAUAAAACACAGAGUGAAACUGGAGGAACGCAUGGGUGAAUUGCAGCCCAUACUCCUCAAGCUUCAGGACUGUAAAGUACUGAACGAUGUGGAGCGAGAGAAGAUUGACAACAUAAGUUCACGGAUCCAGAGGAACAAGGCCCUUCUGGACAUGAUUAKGAGGAAGGGACCUCGUGCCCAGGAACAGCUCUACCAGGCCCUAAAAAAAGAGGACCCUUACCUGGUGGAAUACCUGCAAGAGGAGACAUCCUGACCAUAGAUUGGUGUGUAAAGUAAUCCAACAAUGACUACAACAUGUAAAUGGACCAGGAGCCUAGAGAUCAGGACAGGGUUGCUACGCAGGUGCACUGGCUGCAAACAGCAAGCUUCAGGACUUUGCUAUUUAAUGGCAUUAUAUAUGUUUUAAUCUCUGUAUAARAUACAUAUGUAGAUGGUAAGUAUAUAUUUACAAGCCUUUAUUUACAUUUUCAUGUCAGUAUUUUAUACAUAUGUAACGGAUGUGAAAUGGCUAGCUAGUUAG